GCAUGUUUGUGUGAGAAUGACACCUGUGGCUUUUGUGGAAUAUGCCUUCAUUUCCGACUGCUUUUGCUACCACCGUUAGAAGACUGCAAAACGUUAGUGAUGGGUCGUUUGCGAACGAUUCUCCCUCACCUCACUUUAUCAUGGACACCUGUUUUCUUUGAUCUGUUUUACCUGAUCACGGACCCUAUUUAAGUUCCUGUUUCCCUAUUGUAUCCUGUCGGUCUUUGUUUUGGUUAUACCCCAGUUUCCUAUACUUGUGUUUUGGUUCCGUGUUUUAGUUUGUUUCUGACCUAUUCUUUUAUCAAGUGUUCUGUUUCGUUCCUGUCCGUUUGGUUUAAUUUAUUAAAUGUCUUCUGUUCUCCCUUCGUUUGUGUCCUGCCUCCAUCUUACAUCGUGACGUUAUGUGUAUUGGUAAUACUGUAACUGUCAGGACUCGAUCAAAAUGAUCAGAUGUAUUAAUAAACUUUUUCUCAUGGUCCUUAUUUUUCAUACCGCGAACAAAUAUUUUGGAUCACCGGAAGGAACGACAAUGACUAUGAAGUAAAAGAUAGCAAGUAGACCGGAUGGUCCCACUGCAUUAAGAUUCGGCCAUGGAAUCGCAGCCAAGCUCUUCAGAAAGAGGCGCAUAGGAGAGGAGUAAAGGAGAGGGAGGAGAGCAAGAAGUAAAGAAGGAGGACCAGAGGAAUCCUCCUUGAUUUCACCUGCUCGCUGCCGGGGUAUUGAAACUCCACCAGCCAUUGUAAACUCUGCCAGAUUAGACAAUGCCCUUGGAGACUGGCCAUGCAAAGUUGAAAACACAGGAAGGAGUUAUGGAUCUGAUGUAACUGUGGGGCAACACUUGAAAAACAAACAAGCAUUUCUAGACUUUACCUGCAAGGGAGGACGAAGAUGCGAAGGCUCAAGGUGUUUGUCCUGUGCCUGAUGGCAUUUUGCAUCCUACUCCUACGGCACCACUACCAGGUUCUCUACAACAGGCUCGGAGUGAGAGACCUGCAGGCUGCCUCCGCCAAGUUCAAAGCACUAAGAUACUUCUGGACCCUAACCACCAGCACAAACCUGUCAGAACCACGGGGUUACCAGCACAACCAGAAUGGGAGAUGGACAGGGCAUGGCAAUGAGGACCAACGAGGGGAUGAGCCAGCUGCUCCAACAGAUCAAGACACAGUGACGUUCACUCUCCCCGACCCAACGGGACCAAGCGGGGAACUCCACAAAAGGAGCUUUCUCCUUCGCGAUGAUGCCACACAGUUUUUUGUGCGCACCAAAUCUGGAGCAACCUGCUUCAGAGAGGGGACAGACAUGGCUUUUCUCAAAGUGGGCGAAAGAGUCCAGCAGACUGGAGUGGGCUGGCAUAAGAUCUUGCACUUUCCCCAAGAGGAAAUGAAGAGAGACCAGGGGCAAUCCAGCCUGGGGAAGAGUCUGGCAAACUGUACGUGUCGUCCAGGCUGGCACGGCCCUCACUGUGGAAUCCCCACCAUGAUACAACACUCAAACCUGCCCUCUAAGUGGCGGCUAAUGCCCAGGAAGGUACCACGGAGGGUCAUCAAUGCCAUCAACAUCAACCAUGAGUUUGACCUUCUCCACGCCCGCUUCCACGAACUGGCCGAUGCUGUGGACGUCUUCCUGGUAUGUGAGUCAAACUUCACAGCCUACGGGAGUCCCAAGCCACUGCACUUCCUGCACUUCCUCCUCAACGGCACUUACAACUACAUGCGACACAAGAUCCUGUACAUUUUCCUCGACCACUUCCCCAAAGGUGGCCAGCAGAAUGGUUGGAUUGCUGACGACUACCUGCGGACAUUCCUAAGCUAUGACGGGAUGUCUAGAGUGAAAGGUGUCAGGCCGGAUGACGUCUUCCUCAUCAACGAUGCAGAUGAGAUUCCGGCCCGCGAGGGCAUCCUCUUCCUCAAACUCUACGAUGGCUGGACGGAACCCGUAUCCAUCCACAUGAGGAAAUCACUGUAUGGUUUCUUCUGGAAGCAGCCCGGAACACUGGACAUCCUCUCUGCCUGCACUGUCGCCAUGCUCUUCUCAGUCUACAACAGAGAUGGUAUAUCGCUGAGGCGCAGGGAAUAUUUCACCAUGCCGGGUUUCCGUGCCUAUGAGAAGAAGAAUGGACAGAUCCUGUUGAAGUGGUCCAUUGGGAGUCCUAUCCAUUAUGCUGGCUGGCACUGUUCCUGGUGCUUUAGCCCCGAGGGUAUCUACUACAAGCUCAUCUCUGCUCAAAAUGGAGACUUUCCACGCUGGGGUGACUAUGCAGAGAAACGAGACCUGAACUACAUCAAGAACCUGAUCCGGACCGGGGGAUGGUUUGAUGGGUCGGUGGGGCAAUACCCACACACAGAACAUAAAGAGCAUAUGUAUGCACCAAAAUAUAUGUUGAACAACCCUCAGCGGUAUAAAUAUAUGCUAGAGAAUCCUUAUGCAAAGAAACACUGAUGACUAUUUACUCAUUGUUGGCUUCACUGGAAGGACAGUUAAUGUUCAACAAGAGUUUAUUGGACCUAUUUGACGUCCUUAUCUGUUAAACUGAGCUGAAAGGGAAGUUCUGUGUGAUGUUCUUCUGCAGGUCCAGAAAACCAUCAAUAAUGCAUUUUAGGCAUAGUCUGUUUCGUUCUUCACAUAUGUCGACCCAGAAGGUGCAAUGUUGGGUUGAUCCCACUGCUGGGUUGUACACAAAUUAAACUUUUAUAGCUUUAGUGAAGCUAAGUGUUUCAGUUCCUGAGGAGCCUAUUGUCACGGCACCCUCCCCUGGGGCUCCUCCUGCUGGUGCGCCUCGGCUCCAGCGGUCGGCGUCACUGGCCUUCUGAAGCCACUGCCCCCCUUCCCCUCUGCUACACUAGGCGUUUGUUGUGUGUGAUUAGUGAAGGUACAUGUAUGUAUGUUGGUUAAGAGGGACUGUUCUGUUCGUCGCAUGUUUUCGUAUUUACUGGGAAUCCUGUUUUGCCCAGCAUUGACCAUGCCCGCCUGAUUUAGGCACCCUCCUACGCUUGCUUAGCCUUCAAUUCAUGGUCUCUUGCUUGCUUAGCCAUCUCCCUGUGUGUGACCCCUACUUCCUCGGACAGAACGUGACAGAAUAACCCACCUGUUACAUGGAAUCAAUGUGCAAAGUUGUUAUCCAAAUAGCCUUCUAGCUAAUCCAGCCGGCUAGUUAGCCUAGCUAGUCAGUAGUUCACACAGUGUAAAACCCGCUAAGUUCAGUAAACUAAAUAUUUUUGAGGAAACCGAUUACCUCGAAAAGAAAAUCAUACCCUACUUAAUUGCCAUGCUUUCUCAGCUGACCUGAGAGGCCUAACAGUGCAGUAUGGUUUGAGCAUGUCACUAUUGUAAUCAGGUGCCAGACCAUGUAGUGCCUUAAAUGUUAUAAGUAGAAUUUUAAAAUCUACUCUCAAGUUCGUUGGGGUUAUAGGAGACCUUGAUUUAGUCCUUGUAAGAUGUCUGGCAGCUGAAUUCUGCACAUCUUGGAGUUUACCUAGGGACUUAUUAUUGAGGCAUGUAAACAAAGCAUUUUACUAGUCUAGGUGAGAUGAAAUGAGAGCAUGUAUAAUUUUCUCAGUGUCCUCAAAUGAGAAAACAAAUCUUAUUUUGGCAAUGUUUUGGUAAAAGCGUGCUUGCACACGUUUUUUGUGGAACAAAAACAUUUGGCCACAUCACAAUAUCUUUUGCUAGUGAUCCUAGAGCCAACCAAACUUAAUCCAAAAUAGAUUGGGGGCUGAUGUUUAAAACGUAGAUUUUAUCAGUGUUGAACUGAAGAAAAUGUUUCUCAAUUUGACAGAUACGACUUGAACCAAUCUAGUGCAAUCCCUGAGAUCCCAACCCAAUUUAUAAUUGUCAAUUAAAAUGUUGUGGUCUAUAGUGUCGAAAGCUGCACUAAGAUCCAAUAACAACAUGAUUAAACAUUCUCCAGUCAGCAUUAAACAACAACUAAUUUGUAACCUUAACAAGAGCAGUUUCAGGGCUGUGUUUCUGACGAAAGCCUCACUGGAUUUAUGCAGUGCAAGAGGAGCAGUGACAGUCAUGAAUCCACACAAAAAUUCCAAAGAUUAUUAGAGAAUGCUGAUUGGUCUGCCCAUAAUUUAGACGGAGGAGGACAAAAUUACAUUGUGUGUAUCCAGAUUUAUGUGUGGAGUGAAACAGAAUGUGAGCUCUCAAGAUCAGGAUGGUCGUGAGGCUAACAAAACUUAGUAGAAACAUCAGAUAUCCAAAGUAGAUCAAUUACAAUGUCUCUGCUCAGUGGGCUUUUGUAAUGAUGUUUUGCAUUCUGGUUAGUACAAAAGAUUUGUAAAAAUCUACUUAAAAAGGACCAAUAAUGAAAUCUUUCAGGUGAAACUAAAAAUACCUACACUUCAAACCCCUCUAUGUCUGCAUGAGUGUGUGUGUGUUAGUAUGUGUAUAUUCCAGAUUUUGGAUUGUAACAAAUUUACUGUAAACAAAUACAAGUAAAAAAACUCAGGAAUAUCAGAGAAAGGCUGUCAGGCUUCAUAAUAAGGAGUGGAGGAGAGGAGUGUUAAUUCCGUAUCUUGACCGGGAAGAGGUAAAUAUCUCGAACAAACAGUUAGGUCGUAUAAGAUAAAACAUUAAGGUGCACAGAUGCCAGACGUAGCACUGUCACUGAGGCAGCAGAUGGCGCAGUCGUCACAAAGGCAUUCAAACUAUGCAUACUACACUGUUGUUGAAUGUUUUCAGCAUGUUCACAGCAUGUUUGGAGAGUCUUUUAUGAUUUAAAAAAAUUGCUGGAUAAUGUCAAAUAAUUAUUUUAACACUUUGAGUAUAACUUCAGUGAUAUAACUUUGUUGAAAUAAAUGGAUAACUAACUUAA